AUGGCGCAGAGCUUCCGCCCGUUCCCACGCAGGGGCGGACUGCCGGGGGAGUUGCGCCGGUUCCGCUCGUCCCGCACGCACGGUCUGCUCGUUCUGCCUGUUCUCGCGGGGGGGAAUGGCGCGGAGACUGCAGUUGAAGGCGCGCGGGCGGAAGGGAUUUCGCUGGUCGAGAGAGCAGCGGGUGAAGCUGGGCAGGGAGGAGGGAGAAAGGGGAGAGAUGCAGCGGAUACAGGGGGAUGCCGCGGGGGAGAAGGCAAGACGGUUUUAUGGUGUGGUGGGAGGGAGGGAAGAGUGCUGGCCGGUGGUGGUGGUGGGAUGGGGGAGGGUCGCAUGGAAAAUAGCGACGUGGGUUUUUGCGGGUUAGAGCGCGAAAGUGGAUGGGCAAGAGGGUCACAUGCAGGGGAGAAAGAGGCACGGGAGGAGGGAGGGGUGUGGGGAGAAGAUAGAGACUAUGUGGAUUUGGUGGGAGAGGAUGAGGAUGAGGGGGAUGAGGAUGAGGAGGAUGAGGAGGAGGAGAGGGGGAAGUGGGGACAUGAGAAGUCCUACAAGUGCGAGGAGUGUGGAACAGCGUUUCCUACACGGAAGUUAAAUUAUCACGUGGCUACCCACUCGAAGCAGUUCGUGUGUCCGCAUGACGAUUGCCAAAAGGCAUUCUCAUUCAAAAACCGGUUAAAGGAGCACAUUCUCACUCACAACCCCAACACUCCCCGACACCCCUGCUCUCAUCGCCACUGCCCUCGAAACUUCGAACGCCGAGAUGAUAGCUUUCUUCUCCUCUACCUGUUCGCUUUUCCACCCCCAAUCGCCCCCAAUCACCAGCACCCAUGCUCUUAUCCCUACUGCGCACAAACCUUCAAGCGACGACGCGACAUGUUUAAGCAUGCAAGGAAACAGCAUGGGGGGGAGAAGGGGAUGAAGGCGCAUGAGGGAGUGGUGGGGAGGCAUGGAGGCGAGAAGGAGGCUGAUGGUGAUUUUGUUUAUGGGGAUGACGAAAGGAAGGAGGAAGCGAGGGAAGCAGAAAAAAAGAGGGGGGAGGAGAGGGAAGGAGGGAGGAAGGGGGAGGAGAGGGACACGGAAACGCGGUAUUCCCAGGAACACGAAUUAGAGGGCGGAAGGGGAUGGGCUAGAGGGUCAAAUGCAGGGGAGAAAGAGGCACGGGAGGGGGGAGGGGUGUGGGGAGAAGAUAGAGACUAUGUGGAUUUGGUGGGAGAGGAUGAGGAUGAGGGGGAUGAGGAUGAGGAGAGGGGGAAGUGGGGACGUGAGAAGUUCUACAUGUGUGGGAGUGUGGAGCGGCGUUUGCUACACGGCUCAAAAGUCCACCCGUUCUCGGCUGCGCCUCUCGUCCCCUCGCUCCAAUAUCGCCCCUUCACUGCAUCUCGUGUGUUCGUGGAUGCAAGGAAGCAGCAGUGCGGUCGAAGAUUAGGUUGCCAAAAGGCAUUCGCAUUCAGCUACCUGUUGAAAGGGCACCUUCUCAUUCACAGCUCUGACGCCUCCCAGCAUUUUGUGUGUCCGCAUGACAAUUGUGAAAAGGCGUUUGGAUUCAACUACCAGUUAAAGAGACACCUUCUCGUUCACAACCCCAAUGCUCCACAGGUGCGCUGCCCUCGCUCUCCCCCCUCUCCCUCUCCCCAUUUUCCCUAUUCCCGCUUCCUCCUUGCCCCUUCCCUCUAUCCCUUCCUCCUCUUACCCUCCUCACACUCCCUCCUCGUUCUCCUCUUCUUCCCUCGCCCCUUUCCGUAUUGCAACCUCCUCUCCCAUUCUGUCCUCUUCAUCCGUCUUUUCUUACUCGCCUCCCCCACGGGAAGGAGUGGGGAGGAGAGGGACGAAGAGAAAAGGGGAGGGGAGGAGAGGGAUGAAGAGGAGGGACUUCAUCUCUUUCCUCCAAGGUAUGGCCGUGAGAAGGGCAGCGUGGGAAGGGCAGUGAGGCAACUUCAAGGGGGUUUUGGCACGGUUGGGGAAGGUAGAGGGGAGGAGGGAACAUAUCCUAUGAGGGAGGAGGAAGAAAGGAGAGGGGAGGAGAGGGAUGAAGAGCAGGGAUUAGUGCGCAAUCUUCUCCCUGCUAAGAGGGGGGGAAAUGAUGGGGGAGGGAAGGGGGGAGAGGAAGGGGCACCCCAAUUCCUCCCUGUCAGAGGGGAGGGCCGCAUAGGAGAGGCAGUGAUGCUGCCGUUUCAAGGGGAGGACACCGUGGUUGGAAGAGGGAGGGCGGAGAGGGGGGCUGGGGGUGGGUGUGGGAAUGGAGGGGGGUGGUGGCAGCCUUGGGGGGGAGCGGAGGGGAGUGCGCAUGGAGGGGGGAGUGGGGAGGGGGAAGCUUCUGGGGGCACUGGGGGAGGGAGGGGGGAGGUGGGAGCUGCUGGGGGCAAUGGGGGAGGACAUGAGUGUGAAACGGAGGUGGAGGAGGAGGAAGGGUGUGACGUGGAUGGUCCAGUGGUGAAGGAGGAGGAAGUGGGGGAAGAUGGGGCUUGGUUUGAGGCGCCUCAAAGCAUCCGAGAACGGAUCCCUGUUUAA